AUGAACAGAGGUGUUUUUGCUUAUCAUUGCCUUGUCAGAGCAAGGGAAUUGCAGUUAGAUGUGAAAGGUUAUUUCGUGAUGUCAGAUGAUGUAACGUUUAAUUUCUGGCAUUCGCUUCCUCUAGAAAAAGUGCUACAUCCUACAGGAAUUACUUAUAAGCAAUUCUUGGGAGUGUGGUGGCCGUCCAUACACGGAAAAGCCGCCGUCCAACGUGCUCUAGCUCUCAUUACUAAAAAGUAUAAAAACGAUGAAGGAGUACAGCGGAUGUUCGAAAUCUAUCGGGAUGGGCUGAGCUCAAAUGGUUUCAAACAAAAGGCCUACCACCAGCUGACUCAAGUAGACGGGUGGAGCAUCAGUGAUCUGUAUGUGACCAUUUGA